AUGAGCGCGACUCGAGAUGACAUAUCCUCGUACGAAGUCUACGUAACAUCCCUGAGACCAAAUCCCAUCCUAUUCGGUGAAAACGGCACUCACUGGGCGAUCAUGAUUGCACACCCGGGAAUGGAAUACGGAACAAUGUACCACAUCAUCAGAUGCCGAAGACAAGCAAAGCUCGAUACUUAUGAGCGCCAUGUUCGGUCUUUCAAACCACUCGACGGUGAUGAAGUUAUUAAAAAGAGGCGAAUCGCUACCAUCCAAUCAACGGAUAUCGACAGAUUCAACACAAUCUUGGCAUCCGUUCCCUUGAGGGACUCCCAAAUUUGGGAUCUUGAGCAUCGCAAUACAGAUCCCUAUCAAUUCAACUCUGAGAAAUGGACUCUCGAAGUUGUUGUGGGGCUUGAGGAUUGGCAGAUGGUUCCUUAUGGGACGUCUAUAUUUUUGGAUAUGAAUUCGUUUCAUGUGGGUGAUUUCAGAUAA